AUGCCUUCAGCAGCAUUGUUAGCCGUGCUGGCGGCUUUGACGCCUACGGCGCUUUCUCAAGCGCAAACCUCGUAUGUCGACUACAACACCGAGCCACAACCAAAUCUCGAUACUCAGACUCUCGCGACAAUCAAUCUGGGAUUUCCCGAUUGCAAAACUGGUCCACUUAAGAGCACUUUGGUUUGCGACACAUCAGCAACUCCACACGACCGUGCAGCAGCCUUGAUCUCAUUGUUUACAUUCGAAGAACUGGUGAACAGCACCGGGAAUGAUAUCCCUGCCAUUCCUCGCCUCGGACUUCCUCCAUACCAGGUAUGGAGCGAGGGUCUCCAUGGCUUGGAUCGAGCCAAUUUCUCCGACUCCGGAGAAUAUAAUUGGGCGACUUCUUUCCCAUCGCCCAUUCUUACCAUGGCCGCAUUGAACCGAACAUUGAUCAACCAGAUCGGGGAUAUCAUUUCUACCCAGGGUCGCGCAUUUAACAACGACGGCCGCUAUGGCCUCGAUGCCUACGCACCAAACAUCAAUUCUUUCCGCCAUCCAGUUUGGGGCCGUGGCGUUGAUCCAGAGCAUCUGAAGCUGGUAGCUACCGCAAAGCACUUUGCCGGAUAUGACAUUGAGAACUGGAAUAAUCACUCUCGCCUGGGCAACGAUAUGAACAUUACCCAACAAGAUCUUGCGGAAUAUUUCAUGCCUCAAUUCCUUGCCGCAGUCCGGGAUGCCAGAGUCCACAGUGUCAUGUCUUCAUACAAUUCAGUGAACGGAGUACCAAGCUCAGUCAAUUCGUUCUUCCUUCAGACCCUUCUUCGUGAUACUUGGGGAUUCGUGGAUGACGGCUAUGUUUCUUCUGAUUGCGAUGCUGUUUACAAUGUCUUCAACCCACACGAGUAUGCCGCCAAUAUCUCAAGUGCUUCGGCGGAAUCAAUGAGAGCCGGUACAGAUAUUGACUGUGGUACAUCUUAUCAAUAUCAUUUGAACGAGUCCUUUUACCAAGGGGAAAUCUCCCGAAGCGAGAUUGAGCGUGGAGUCAUCAGACUGUACUCAAACCUUGUUAGUCUGGGCUACUUCGAUGGCAACACUAGUGAAUACCGUGGUCUCGAUUGGUCAGAUGUGACCACCACAGAUUCUUGGAACAUCUCAUACGAAGCAGCAGUCGAGGGUAUUGUUCUUCUCAAGAACGACGGCACCCUGCCACUGUCCCAGAACAUCAGUAGCGUUGCUUUAAUUGGACCUUGGGCAGAUGCCACAACUCAGAUGCAAGGCAACUACUACGGCAAUGCUCCUUACCUCACGAGUCCUCUUGCAGCUCUUCAGGAAUCAAAGCUUACGGUUAACUAUGCAUUCGGAACAAACAUCUCAACUGAGUCCACCGAGGGUUUCUCGGACGCUCUCGCCGCCGCCAAGAAAUCCGAUAUCGUCAUCUACGCUGGUGGUAUUGACAACACAAUUGAAGCGGAAGGCAUGGAUCGAGAAAACAUCACUUGGCCCGGUAACCAGCUAGAGCUGGUCAAGCAAUUAAGCAAUGUGGGCAAGCCGCUCGUUGUUUUACAAAUGGGUGGUGGCCAAGUUGAUUCCUCUUCACUCAAAUCGAACAAGAACGUGAAUUCACUUAUUUGGGGUGGAUACCCCGGCCAAUCUGGCGGACAGGCUCUCCUGGAUAUCAUCACCGGCAAGCGAGCUCCAGCUGGUCGAUUGACAACUACCCAAUACCCAGCUAAAUAUGCUUUGGAGUUCCCAGCCGUUGACAUGAGCCUGCGUCCCCAAGGCGACAACCCCGGUCAGACAUACAUGUGGUAUACUGGAAACCCUGUUUAUGAAUUUGGACACGGAAUGUUUUACACCACUUUCAAGACCUCGCUUGCACGCUCUAGAGCAUCCAACAAUGGAUCAUCUUACGACAUUGUUGACCUCUUGUCACGAUCGCAUUCAGGCUAUAAUGUGGUGGAACAAUUACCUUUCCUCAACUUUACUGUCAAGGUCACGAAUACUGGAAGCGUUGAGUCCGAUUAUACAGCUAUGCUGUUUGCCAACACGACAGCUGGGCCACAGCCGCAUCCCAACAAAUGGCUUGUUGGCUUUGAUCGUCUUGGAUCCCUCAAGCCUCAAUCUUCCCAGGCAAUGGUUAUUCCUAUCUCCCUUGACAAUGUGGCUCGCACUGAUUCUCUUGGAAACCGCAUCGUGUAUCCUGGAAAAUACGAGCUUGCUUUGAAUAAUGAGAGAUCGGCAGUGCUGUCCUUCACUUUAACGGGAGAUGAAACAACCAUUGCCAAAUGGCCAUUGGACAAGCAGCAGAUUCCUCCUGCUUAG